CAAAUUAUGCUGAUAUUUCAUAAACAAAAUGGCACUGAAUGCUUUAGUAUUGUUUGCGUGCAGUGUUGUUUUAUACGGGAUUCGUGCUCAAACAGACAUACCAUCCACGUGCAAUGAUCCGCUGACACCCAGCUUACGUGACGACCAAUUUACGGCGUCAUCGCAGUAUGAUGAGCAGCACGGAGCUAGCUUCGCAAGAUUCAACAGCAGUGUUGGAUGGGUUGCGGGUUCGAACAACAACGAAUAUCUGAAGGUCUCUCUAGAUGGAGUGUGGCGAAUAACAGCCCUGGAUUUUGCCGAUUCGAAUUUUGGGUGGUACUUGAACUAUCUAAGGGUAUCAUACAGCUUGGAUGGAUAUCAAUGGGAUGCGUACAACACGCGUCUUUCCCGGGACAGCUUAGGUCAAAAUUUCCAAAGACAGGGUUCUGUAACCAAGUUGACCCUGGAUCCACAUAUAGAGGUGCGCUAUUUAGCUUUCUAUGGUGCCUCUGCUUACGGAUACCCAUCCAUUCGCCUGGAGCUGUACGGGUGUAAGAUAUCUGCCACGCCGUUUUCCGGGAUAGUAACACACAUAACCGAUGAUAUACAGGCGGACACGACGUGGAUUCCAAGUCAAAAUCCAUUUGUCAUUUCUCGUCAAGUGAAUGUGAGACCGGAAGUAACACUUACGAUUCAAGCGGGUGUCAACGUCAUUUUCACAUCGAAAACUGCAAGACUUGAUAUAUUCGGUACACUAGUUUCCGAAGGAUUGCCAGAGAUUCGAACCCAGUUUAGCUCUGACAUACCUAUAAUGGAAAAAUCUUCAUUGUGGCUUGGAAUUAAACAAAUCUCAGGAGGAAAUGUAACUCUUCGACAUACGACGGUCCGUCAGGCAGUUGUCGGUAUCCAAGGCAACGGUAGUAACAUUCAUAUAUCAAAUAGUGAGAUCUACUCGUGCGUGCAAGGCCUUCUUUUGUCCGGAGGAAUAAGUGCAAAUCAACUAGAAAGUGGAUGGGGACCGAUUUUGUUCAAGUCUAAGGUCACCAAUAAUGAGCAAGGAAUGCGCAUGCAUGGUGUUUUGGGCCAAGAAAUCAUGCUUUUUGAGGCCACGGAUUUUGAUUUGAAUUACUAUGGUAUAGAAGUUGCAAACUGGGCAAACGUACAAAUGCAAAUUAUUUCAACGAUUUUAUUGUCUGAAAAUGUGUCUAUGAGCAACAACAGAAAUUACGGCCUUUACAUCAACAUUGGAUCGCCGACAGUUGUAGAUGUACGUGGAUCCAAGUUUGUUGGGAAUCGCAACGGAGGAGUGUAUUUGUAUCAAUACUACACAAACAAUCAAAGGCAGGCAUUCACAAUUACAGAUACUUUGUUUAAGGAUACUAAUUUAGGCAUAAGCUAUACGUGUUACUAUUGCCACUCGAGCAAUAUGACGGUCGUUUCCAGCAAAUUUGAAAGUUUAGACUACGCCGUGUAUGUCAUAUUUCGUUCGAUUGAUAAUGCUCAAAUAAUGCGCCAAAAUAUAACUAUUGCAAACAACACAUUUAAUGACAAUAAAAGGGAUAUCUAUUUCACUUUACACAGCUCGGAACAAUCAUAUAUUGUGCAAAAUGUUUUUUCGAAAUCGCAAGAAGUUUUAGCGAUCCAAAGUGACACGUCCAUGGAAACUAACAUAUCUGUAAUGAUUUCUGAAAAUUCUUUUGUCAACCUUUUACGAGGAUAUACGGCAGUUUCUGUAUCCUUUGUGAAAACAAUCAUCUCCAAGAACAGUUUUAAUAACUGUUCAUCGACAACUUUGAUAAGCGUUAAAAAUGGAUUCGAUCAUUUGAUAGCAAAUAAUACAUUUGUGAAUUCUACUGAUUCCAUCUGCUACGUACAAACGAAGCAGCCUUACACAAAAGGCAAGACAAUCUCGGCCCCAUUCAAUUACUGGGAUACCAGUGACAUUUUUUCUGUUAAAUCCAAAGUUUGUGACUUUUUCGUGGAUUCGUCAACGGCUAUAAUUGAUGUAACAGGGUUCUAUGAAGAUUCUUCGAUGAAGAAGCUUAAUUAUUCGACGACAAUCGAUCAAUUUCGUUCAGCGAUAAACGAGGCAACCAAUAUCGCAUACAUUGGCGGAAUUGUGGAUGAUGACAUAGAUAUUUCAACACUCGGCGUCUCGCGAUUUUUGCUAAACAGGAGUUUGCUCAUCCAAGGAGGCGUUACGGUUCGCAUUCAAGGGGUCACACUCAAUAUUUCAGAUGCUAGAGGCAUCGUCGUUUUAGGGUCACUUGUCAUAGGAUCUGCUGAGAGCGUUGAUAGAACAGUCAUUCAAAAGCACUCAGGUGUAUGGAAUAGUAUUGUACUCUACAACACUGGUUUGAACGUAUUGAACACAAAUAUAUCCGGGGCUGUAGCCGCCAUCGAUAUUAGGAGCUCGUCGUCUGUUUAUAUACACAACUGUACGGCAUAUGACGGGGCCAUGCAGUCUCUUAUAAAAGCUGACAAACCGAAACACGGUGUAUCUGUUCACAUAUCGAACUGUUUUGUGAGUGUCGAUGCAAAUGUAAUUGAGAUAGUCGUCAAUGAUUCCCACUCGAUUGACGUCAAGAUUGAAAAAAGCACAAUGACAUCGAACAGGAAAUAUAUUGUCGCAGUCACAGACGGAUCAUCGAACAGAUCUCCUAAGCUAGUCCGAGUGUCUGUUUUAGGUUCUCACUCUUAUGGUAGUGAUGGUGUGUUAAAUAUACGAGGAUGCUCCUUUAUGACGGAACUAACGAUUGUUGACUCUGAAUUUGCGGCAAAAAGGUAUGGAACUCUCGUCAGUUUAGCGAAUCCUUCAAUGAAAACCGAGGCACACCGAAACAAGUUUGGAGAUUCAAGUCGCGAUUUCUAUUUAGAAUUUUGUAAUACAUUGACUGAUGUUUUGAAUAACUCAACGACAUUUAAUAUGGUCAACAACAUAUUUAAAAGCCAAUCCGACGGUGAAGUAUUGUAUUUGUACGAUUAUUAUUCCGUAGCAACGGAACACACUUUUAAUUUUACGAACAAUUCAAUGGUUUAUAUGCAACCCAUUGCACGAAAGUUUUUAGUUAUAACCAGUUAUGGAAAUUCAGAAAAGCAUACUUUGAAUUUUAUUUCAAACACACUGGUAAACUCUUCAAAGACGCUUUUGGAAAUUCAACAUCGAUUUAGACAGAUAACGUUAAAAUGGAACAAAUUUAUCAACAACUCUGCAUGCCUUCUUUAUUCUGCACCACCGCAUACUGAUAAAUUUCUUGGAUUUGAAAUUGACAGAAAUGAAUUUCAAGGAAACACACAUAUGGAUGGAAUUAUUAUAAUUUCAACGGAACAAUUCCAAAACGGAACUGUCAGCUUAACAAAUAAUGAUUUUAUUGACAAUAUGGGAGCGUCGUUCAGUUUUAAAACUAGCAACGUCAGUAUUAAAUAUAAUUAUUUUGAAAACCCAGAGGCAUUGUAUAAUUUGAAAGUAAAUAAAUUUGUAACUCUUACGAACGUUCGUACUGAUGUAAACGCAUCCUUAAACUACUGGGGAACGACGGACCCUCGGGAUAUAGAGAAGAAACUGUACGACAAAAGCUAUGAUGAAAUCCUUCUGGAUAUCUUGUAUCGGCCAUACCUAGGUUCAAAAAAUAUAUCUGACGUUAGAAAUGAAGAGAUAAAUUUCGUUAACGGCAACGAAAUUGGUGGAAAUGUAAAUGGGGAUGUAACUCUCUAUUCUGAUAAAGGUCCGUUUGUUGUUGUUUCAAAUAUUGUAAUAGGUGAGAAUGAUACCUUAACCAUUCAAGAAGGCGUUGAGAUUCGAGUAAUGGCCGAUAUAGGAUUCACAGUAUUUGGGAUCCUCAGUAGUCAAGGGACAUCGCAACGACCGGUGAGAUUUAUAUCAAAAGACCACUUGGCUCCUUGGAAAGGAAUCGAAAUCAAUUCAAAGCAUGGAGUUAAUAUGACGCAUUUGCUUGUUAACAAUACCAAAGAAGGAAUCACACUGAAGACAACUAAGGCGACCCUUCAUGACGUAACAUCGACGUUUUCAAGGACAUCUGGUUUUCACAUUAUUGCUACGGACAACAAACACGACGUUUCAUCUAUUUCCGUUUCUAAUAUGAACGCUUCGAAUAAUGCUGAUGGAGUAACGAUAAAUGCCGGUACUGGAUACAAUAAUUAUAUAUCAAUUUCAAAUUGCAUUGUCGCAGACAACACGGCUGACGGAAUAGUAACAACGUCAACUGGAAAUGUGACAAUUUCCGAGUGUACAAUUGAAAGAAAUAAGGCAAGGGGAAUGAAACUAGACAUGCGAACUAAUGGUUUUAUCAAGAUAGUUAAGAGUUUGAUACGCGAUAAUUCUGAAUACGCUUUAGAAGGUGAAGUGACUGCAGGAAUUGAAAUGGAUUCAAGUACAAUAUCUGAUCACCGUUUGGUUUAUUACAACUGGGGCUGGUACACGAGGGCUCAUACAAAUCUCCGAAUUACUGCGUCGAAUUCCAAACUGACAACCGUCGUUAUUAAAAACUCCAUCAUCACCAAUAACACGGCCGAUGGGAUAUUACUGACACACUCUUAUAACAACGGAGGACCUGUUGCCAUUACCGUCGAUAACAACACGUUUAAUAUUGGAAAUUGGGCAUUUGAGUUUGACUACCAAGAAUAUUAUUUGGCACCUUUUUACAAUAACAUAAUCUUUGUGAACAAUACAAUGUCUAAUUACACCGAAUAUCAUCGACAAAAAGCAGUUGUAAAAUUCAGAUUAACAACCUAUGAUAAUCAUAAUAUGAUCAGUAUCAACCAAAAUCGUUUUGCCAACAAUACUGGUUACUAUGGAAUAAGAAUAGAAGAUGUUUACGGAAAAGCCUAUGUCAAUAUAUCUUUCAAUACUUUUGUAUCCAAUAGUUUUUCCUCAUCAACCAUCGAUAUUCCGUAUGCAACAAAACUUGAUUUGCACAAUAAUGUGUUCGAAUCGCUUGCCAAUCCCUCUUGUGCACUACAGGCGCCUGGGUUCGAAAUCUCGUACAGUAUUAAUGCCACUAAUAACUACUGGGGAAGUAAGAAUCUUUCAGAAAUUGUAAACACGAUUUGUGGAUUUGAAAAAAACAUGGGGCACAGUUAUGUUUCAUAUAUACCUUACUAUGAGGAUAAAAUGUUGACUCAGUUGACUUCACCCGAAAACUUCAACAAAAGUAUCGCUCAUGGAACAUUUGGUGGUGAACUUACAAGGAACACGCAACUGGCGAGAUCAGAUUUCCCAAUGCCGAUACUGAUACAGCGUUCAAUUGUGAUUCGACCAGGUGUUUCUCUCUACGUGGAGGCAGGUGUUGAACUGCGUUUUCUUCCGAACCGAGGCAUUUAUGUUCAAGGUUCACUGAAAUCAAUUGGUGAGAAUAUUUCUGUUCGUCUGGUCAAUGCUAUCCAUGGUGACAUCUGGCAUGGGAUAAUCAUCAACGGAACGUCGUCUCUGGAAAAUGACAACACGCUGCUGUUUGAUACUCAUAUAUCAGGUACCUCCCAUGGAGUCGUAGCAUAUGUACCACACUUCCAAACUAAGAGGAUCUUUAUAUCAAAUUCAUUAAAAGACUGCUUCACCAUCUACCCAACAGUUGAAAAGCGAUUAUAUGGUUUUGAGUCUUCUACAUUGGCACAUUGUCGAAAUAAUGGACUGUUUGUAAACGGCAUUGGAAGUUCGAUCAUUGAGGGGCUUGAAGUUCGGAACAGCGACACAGGGGUGAGAGUGUCCAGUUCUUCAGGUCAGAUAGAACUGCGAACUGUGCGCAUCAGUCACAUUUCUGCUGCUGCGGUCUCGAUCACAUACAGCUCGCAUUAUGAAUCAGGCAACGUUUCUAUCAGUAACUGUGCUAUCAAUAAUUCUUCUCAAGGUGUAAUAAUUUACAUUAGCAAUUAUGCAACACCUAACAGAAUUUCAAUCACUAAUAAUGUUUUCCAAAAUAUUUCCUGGGAUGUUCUUCAUCUUAAGUUCUCUACGUAUACGUAUUAUGAUACAAAGAAUCGAUCUAUUGAAAUAGAUCACAACACAUUCACAAACACGUGUGGUAUCAUUAUUAACACGUGGAAUGUGGAAGACAGUUCUUUCAGAAACAAUAUUAUGAAGGACUCAAUAUGUAACAAAAGCCCUGAAUGUUUUUCGACGAUAACAGCGUCUGGUUAUUCACACACAAGUGACAGCCGAAAGUAUGAGAUUUCUACUAAUGUUUUUGAAAACAUACAAAGUAGUUCAUGUAUUGUCCAUUUACUUGAUUCUGACUUGCCGCGUUUUAACGGGGCGUUCAUUUACAAUCAACUCAUCGACAACCAAGCUACUGAUGGUGUUGUCCUAGCGAAUGCAUUCUAUGCUGAAAUAGUGGAGAAUAUAUUUGACAAUCCAGCUUCAACCUUUGACGUUUUCACAUCUCUUAAAGCGGACAGACACUUAAAUGUUACAAAGAACUGGUGGGGAAGUUCUGAUGGAAUUAAAGUUUUCAGUAGAAUAUCCGACCAACGUAGAGACCCUGGUUUCGUACGUUUCAACGUCACGCCCACAUUAGCGUCGCGUGAAAUGGAUUGUAGUGGCGUAAACAACUGCAGCAACCAAGGAGAAUGCGUGCGAAAGAACAUGUGCCGGUGUACAACUGGUUGGACAGGCACCAGGUGCACCGAAUAUGAUUGUGCGGGGAUCAAUCAAUGCUAUGGCAAUGGUAUAUGUGUUGUACCAAACGAAUGCAAAUGCAAUCUUGGUUGGAGCGGAAAACUAUGCAUCCGCGCGUCAUGUACUAAUGUGAAUGACUGUAGUGGGCAUGGGUUUUGCAUUCGACCAGACACGUGCACGUGCGCUGUGAGUUUCACCGGAAGUAACUGCAGCAGUUGUGUACCGCUUCACUGGGGACCAGAAUGUCGACCUUGUCCAAACUGCAAACAUGGACAGUGUGACUUAAUGACAGGAUUGUGUGUCUGCAAUACUGACAACUGGACGGGCGCUCUCUGCGACGAAUGCAGUGAAGCUUUCUAUGGUCCGGAAUGUCUGCCUCUCGUCACUGUUCUUGAUGUAGUACCCCGCCAGGGAAUUGAUAAAGGAGGAAACACAGUACAUGUGUGGGGACACAACUUCCAGGAAAGCAGCUCGUACAUCUGUCAAUUCGGCAAUGCCAUUUCCAAUGGUACUUGGAAGGCGUGGGAUCACGUGGUAUGCGUGGCGCCUAAGCAUGCUAAAGGCGUGGUGACAGUCGAAAUAUCACCAGAUGGAAUUCAAUUCACGAAUAAUAAGAUUAUGUACGCUUUUUACGCAUCCUGUCCAAUAGAAGCCUGUGGCCGAAACCUCAACCCGCCACAUGGUAUAUGUAUGUUUGGUGCAUGUUCCUGCAUUUUACCAUGGCAUGGUGAUAACUGCACAAUGGAAUUACUUCGCCCGGUCAUCGCUCGUCCUCCCGUGACACAGACAGCUAGCGAGUUUGACGACUACAUGUUACAACUGGGUCUAACACAGGGUGAUCAUCCAGUGCGAUGGGCGUUAUUGGAAGGCUUUAAAGGCUUGAGCUUAGAUGAAAGAACUGGGCGUGUUUCAUGGAAGAGUAUUCCAGCAAAUAUCAAUCCAUACAUAUUUAUGGUGCAAGCUUCGAACACUAUAGGACAGGACAAAGUAACCUGGAACUUAUCCGUGCCUAUCUCGUAUGUCCCAUUUGUGAAUGAAAGCGACUCCAAUCGAAUACUGCCGUAUCCUCGACCGGUGCAGAUAUCGGGCUAUAUAAAUUUUACUUCGAAAGUAAAAAUGGUGCCAGUGGUGAUUGUCGUAAUUAAUGCUCGAACCGGAAGGCAAACGGUGCUGAACGAAUGGUCAAAUCCACUGAAGCCUAGCGUUUUCACAACAACAUACUUCCCAACAGCUGAUGAAUCCGGAUUAUUUAAUGUGAUCGCGCGACACCCAGGUUCGAGGUCUGAUUUGGAAACGCAGAUAUCAUGGUCCGUGCUUGGCAUGCAGUGUAUACCGCCCUCGGUCAACGUCGAUGAAACUAUUCUGAGUCCUGAUAGAACUGUUACUGUGUACAACAUAUCAGAGCUACUGAAUGUUGGAGAGCACAACAUUAAUAACAUAUCUAUUAAGGUAGAUGGAAUAGAGGAUACAUUUAUUAAGCGAAAUGGGGACAACGUAAUCGCUGUUGCAGAUAUUGCAGUUUUGAAGCCUCGAGACCCAUUUUCUUUUGAUUUAGUUAUAAGGAAUGCUAGACCGCUUUAUGGCACAAUUUUUAUUGUUUUUGCAUCUGACCAAGGACCCACAACUCGCCUCAGGAUAGACAUUCGUCUUUCAAUUCAGAAACCCGUGUUAUCGUUUCUUCCAAAUUCCAUCAGUGCUAAUAUUGUACGCGGAACUCAACGAUUUUUUAACAUUGGCAUUAAGAAUAUUGGUGAGGUUGCUGCAACAAAUAUUGAUAUAAGUCUACCAAACGAUCCACGAAUAACGCUGGUGUCGCUGUCCUUAGUUAAUAGCUCAGAGGAUGCUGUCACUGGAGAUGAACUCGGUAUUCUCCCGGAUGGUGAAGCACAGAUUACCUUUGGUGUAACCAUAGGAUCGAACGCCGCUUUAGGAGAAUUUCACGGACUUAUUUAUGUUAAUUCAAAGCUGACGUCUACUCCUUUACAAUACGAGUUCUUUGUCACAUCACUGCAGCAGUUUAAUCUCACCUUCACGAUAAAAGAUGAAUACACGUACUUUGCGGAAGGUUCUCCAUUGGUUUCAGGUGCAAAGGUUACACUUUCCAAUCCUCGAAGACAGUAUGCACAAACGUUGUACUCAACAAAUGAAACGGGUUAUGUUGUGUUUGAAAACCUCUACGAAGACCGAUAUACAUUAAGAGCAGAAGCAGAUGGUCACAGCAGCUAUAGUGCUGUUAUUAUUGCUAGUUCUAGUGAAACACAAAGAGAUAUAUUUUUGCAAAGAAUUGCUGUGAAAUAUACUUGGACAGUAACUCCAACCACAUUCCAGGAUAAAUAUAUUAUUCAGCUUGAAUCGACAUUCGAAACGAACGUACCCAUGCCAGUUGUUACAAUAGAGCCUUCCCAUAUCAACACUUUACCAUACGAGCUCGGAGAGGAAGACACGAUUAACUUCAAAAUCACCAAUCAUGGCCUUAUAAGAGCGAAUAAUGUGAGAUUUUCUCUGCCGGAGGGUCAUCCAUACCUGAAAUUUAAAACGGUCAUCGAUGACAUUGGCAGCGUUGAAGCAAACACAUCCAUAAUUGUUCCAAUUGAAGCAACAUUAAAGACUAGGCGAAAGCGGAAUGUUGUCGCGGCUGUAAUAUGUGGGUUGGCAAUGCUUUACGAUUACGACUGUGGUGCAUUGCAAACUCGUGCUAUCGACAUCACCUUGGUACGCGAGUCACCCGACGGGCGGCCUAUGCCGUGUGGUCUAUCUAUUAGCGGUGGGGGAGGUGGUGGCGGUGGCGGUGGUGGUACAUCUUUAAGUGUAGGAGGAACUAAUACCGGAAGUGGCAGUUCUGUUGAUUACAGUCCAACAACUCCACUAUCAUGUGAUUGUGCAAAAACCCUGAUAAAAAGUUGCGCGUUGGUGUACAACCCGAUCAUUGGUUGUAGCUACGCAGUAACGGAUUUAGGACUGUCAUAUGCGGUAUGA